CCCUAUCCAUGAACAUCCCUAAUGAGGGAUCGAACAUAAGUAUAGCUCAAAGUUAAAAGUAAAAUAAAUCUCCAAACAUGUUGUGAGUUCGAGGUCCCGUAGUCAAAACCAUUGCCAUUUCUAUUUAUAAUAAUUACAGAAUAAAAUUUAAACAACCGUCAUGUGUUUUUUCUUUGUUUAAAAAGAUAAAUCUGAGGAGGGAGAGUUCUUGAUUUGUCAUUCCUGAUAAUAAUAAAAACCCUACUUUCUUUCUUCUCCCACUCUGCCUUUGCCUUCCCCGAAUUCCGAUCCAUUCCUUCGUUCAUUCAUGGCGAGCACCGAUCCCGAGCGCAGAGACGACGACGAGGCUCCGGCUGGAGACGAUGAGGACACUGGGGCUCAAGUCGCCCCGAUCGUCAAGUUGGAGGAGGUCGCCGUUACCACCGGCGAAGAAGACGAGGACGCUGUUCUCGAUCUGAAAGCCAAACUCUACCGAUUCGAUAAAGAUGGAAACCAGUGGAAGGAGAGGGGUGCUGGUACUGUCAAGUUUUUGAAGCAUAAGGAGACUGGCAAGGUUCGCCUUGUUAUGAGACAGUCUAAGACCCUCAAGAUCUGCGCUAAUCAUCUUGUGCUUCCGUCAAUGACGGUUCAAGAACACGCUGGAAAUGACAAAUCGUGUGUGUGGCAUGCCACUGACUUUGCGGAUGGUGAAUUGAAAGACGAGCUUUUCUGCAUCAGAUUCCCAUCUAUUGAGAACUGCAAGAGUUUCAGGGAAACAUUCCAAGAAAUUGCCGAGUCGCAACAGAAGAAAGAGGAAAAUAAGGAUGCAUCUGCAGCAGCUGGAUUACUUGAGAAAUUGAGCGUUGAAGAGAAGAAAGCUGAGGACGACAGCAAGGGCGAGCCAGCAAAAUCAGAUGCAGAGAAGAAGAAUGAUGAGUAGCCUGCUUCCUCCACUAGAUACAUCCGAGAUUAUGAUACGGUUGACCUUGCUUCCAUACAUGUCUUGGUACGUUAAAACAUAGUCAGUUCUUGGAUUGGAUUUCUUCUGGGGUUGGGAUAGUGGGAGUCGUCUAAAUUGGUGUACUUGGUUAGAGUCCCUUUCCAUUUCUUUUUUUGUUCCCUUCUUUUCAAAAUGAGAUUUCUAGUCACUGUGGUUCAAAUGGGGGUCGUGUGGCGUCUUGCGGUUCGUGAAUCUUCAAGGUUGUAGAAUUCAGGAUUGUAUGGAGUCUUGUGUGCAGGGCCUGAGCUCAAGAUGCUGCAAGAGCAAGGUUUAGUAGUCAAACAAGAGUAAUUUGCAGAAGACAUAUACACACUCAUUUUUUUGGUUUUGAUUUGCUCAGUACCGGAGAUUUUUACCCUUCCGGAUGAUGAAAAUUAUGAUUGGUCUUGUGUUGUGGGCUUUUAUUUAAGCUUUAGCUCCUUUUAUUGUGCA